UAUUAACUUAUUACUCCUAGCUUUACUUAACAUUACAAAGAAAGACUAUUCAGAUUUUUACAUGAUAUAUAUAACAAAAAUUGUGUAAGAAUUCAUUACUGCUAAUGUAAAAUGCCAAAUAAAGAAGACGAGCCUAUAAAGAAGCGCCAUUUUAAAGAAGCUGCUAUAGAGGAAGAUUCAGAAAGUGAAAGUGAAAGUGAUUCCUCGGAAAGCCCAUGUCCUUCUCCACCUCUUCUGCUUUCCCAAGUCAUACCAAAAAAUGGAGUUGUAGAUGAAAACAUACCAACCUCUGAUUUUAAAAAGAAAUAUAAUCGCGAUACUAGUCUUGAACAAGACGAUAAAAAGAAAACUGGAACUGUUUGGGAUCGCAAAGACAAAAAUAGAAGUCUAAGUCCCGAACGUAACAAACGAAGAAAUUCAAGUCCAAGCCCAAGACGCAAAAACUUGAGUCCGAGUCCAAGACGUAAAAAUUUAAGUCCCAGUCCUAGACGUAAAAACUCAAGUCCGAGUCCAAGACGUAAAAAUUUGAGUCCGAGUCCGAGAUUUAAAAACUCAAGUUCGAGUCCCAGACGUAAAAACUCAAGUUCGAGUCCGAGGCGUAAAAACUCGAGUCCAAGUCCAAGGCGUAAAAAUUUGAGCCCGAGUCCUAGGCGUAAAAAUUCGAGCCCGAGUCCGAGGCGUAGAAACUCGAGUCUUAGUCCGAGACGUAAAAGAUCUAGAACACCGCCGAGAAAAAGGCAUUCUAGAAGUCGAAGUUUUGAGCGUAAAAAAAAAUCACGGAGCCGGAGUCCAGACAGAAAGCGAAGAAGAUCACGAAGCGUUGAACGAAAAAAAAGAUCGCGUAGUCGAAGUCGAGAUAGUAGGCGUUCUCGUAGUCCUGAAAGAAGGCGAGGUUCUCCGAGAAGAAGAAGAAGUUUUAGUCGAAGUGUUAGUCCUCCAAGAAGAUAUUGCAGCAAAUGGGCUAAACCUUCAACUGGCCUAACAAGGGCUGUUUUACCAGCUAAUCCAUCUAAUAAAAAGUCAAAAGAAGUUUCUACUGAGGAAGUUGAACAGCGUUUAGCAGAACACUUAAUAGCUGUGAAAGAAAAAAAUGCUGAAGAAGCUAAACGGAUCAAUCUACCAGGAUAUCUUAACCCUGCCAUGAUCAAUGUACAACAGUUUAAACAAGUACAAGACAAACGAAAACUGCUUUGGAGUAAGGCUAAAGAUAAGAAAGAAGGAGCUAGUCAGUGGGUUGGGGCGUUCGAAGAUCAGGGUAACGACGAGAAGUUUAAGAGGUUAAUGGGUAUUCAAGGAAUACAAGUUGACGCCGCCAAAUCGUCUAAAAUUCAGGAGAGUAAAAAAGUAUUAGACAAUCUUGAAAAAGAAUAUGAAAAGUCUCGUGCUUUUCAAUUAUCGCGUGGAGCAGGCGGUAUUACGGGAAUAGGUCUAGGUUUUGGUUCUCUAGCGCAUUCCCCGUAAAAAUAAUUGUUUUUCCAAAAUUUGUAUCUCUUGUUUAGUGCGUUAGCCUUUUAUUUUUCUGUAAAUAUAACUUAUCUAAAUUU